GGGGGGUGAAGCGCAGCCCGGAGGUUGUUUACCGGGGAGGGGAGCGCUGGGCAGGUCUUGCCUCGGCGCCGAGUGGAGCCGAGCUGCGCAGCCGAGCUGCGCGGCCGGGCUGGCGGCGGCUCCUCGCCCUCAGCGCCGAGGAUGCUGCCCCGGGGCCCGCGGCGGGCGCUGGGCGCUGUGCUGCUGCUGGGCUCGCUGGUGCUGGGGGCCGCCCGCGGCGCCGAGGAGUGCCUCCGCGGCAACGGCGAGUCCUACCGCGGCAGCCGGCAAGUGGCCUCCGGCGGCGCCCCGUGCCUCAACUGGCUGACGGUGCAGAGCGGCCCCGGCGCCGCGCUCCCGGCAGCAGUCUAUGAGGACCACAACAGCUGCAGGAACCCGGACGGCGACGCCGCGCCCUGGUGCUACAUCCGAGGCGCUACCGGGAUCCCAGAGCGGCGAUCCUGCGACAUCGCCCAGUGCUCAGAUGCUACAGCUACCACAGCCCCAGUCUCUACAGCAGAAGUUGGUCCUUCCCAGGAGGAUGAGCAGGUGUUUGAACCAGCUGAUACCUUGCCCUCCCGGAGCGAGGCAGCCGCAGUGCAGCCCGUCAUUGGGAUCAGUCAGAGAGUGCAGAUGAACUCCAAAGAAAAGAAGGACUUAGGGAUACUAGGUUAUGUCCUGGGGCUGAUCAUGAUGGUGAUAAUCAUUGCCAUCGGGGCUGGCAUUGUCCUGGGAUACAUCUAUAAGAGGGGGAAAGACCUGAAGGAGAAGCACGAACAGAAGGUUUAUGAGCGUGAAAUGCAGCGCAUCACACUGCCUCUGUCAGCGUUCACCAACCCUGCGUGCGAGCUUGUGGAUGAGAACACCAUUGUGGUGCGUACCAACCAGACGCCUGUGGAGGACAUGCGGGAUGGCAGCAGCCCUCUCAUGGGGCAGGCAGGGACUCCCGGUGCCUGAGCAGCUCGGGCAGGAGCACUACAGGCUGAGCAAAGCCUCCAGCUUCCCACUGUGAGUGCAGGGGUUGUGUGUGUUCAUUUCUAUUUUGUUUUCUUUUUGAUGAACGCCAGAUGAAGGUGAUGUAGAGGAACAGAACAAUGGGCUAUUCAUCAUCUGCUUGAGGGGCACCAUUCAGUGCAUGAUCAGCUGGCGACUGGUGUAGUAGACCCUGCUGCUUCCUCCCACCUAUCUCCAUGGUGUGCCAGGGAGCUGGGGGGAUGAUAGGCCAGGCUUACAACUGGCCACAGAUCCCAUAGCCCAGAGUGUGGUCGUGGCUUCCUCUUUUUCUGUUCUGUUCUUAUUUAACAGUGUGCACUGUUACUUAAGUUUCAGCCUGGAACCUUAGGAGAGAACAGUACUGCAGGGACUGAGGGGAGCUUCAUGUCAGACUUAGCUAGAUAAUUACACUCUGAUUAAUAGUUCCUACGUUUUUGCUUUAGUGGCUGAGAGCUGGAAGCACUGUCCAGAAUCCUUUUAGUGGAUCAGGGUUUUUUCCAAGGAAGAGUUUAUUUGAGGAAUGUCUUUGGCCAGAAGCAGUAUGUUUAGUGCCAGUGCCAGUUUAGAAAAGCUCUCCUCAAGCUCUUUACAAAUCCAGGUCUUCCAGGGCUGAGGCCACUUCUCCAUUCCCCUGUGGUGCUACAUGCACAGCCACAGUUGUAGGUGUCCAGGGGGUCUGUCUGUGCCUCCUUCUCACACAGAUCAGGAAAGCAAGGGCCAGUGGUAGAUAGUUGUGAAGAAAACAAACUGCCCUUUGGUUACUUACAGCAGGUUAAACACAGGAUAGCUAACAUACUCUUUUGAACUCCCUUGGCUUCCUACAGAGCCAGUGCUGGACUGAGUGGCCAAGCUGUGGAGGUCAGCCUGAUCACAGUGCGGCAGUGCUGGCUCUAAGGGCAGAACAAGACAGCUGUUUUGUAAGAGUGAAGUUCUGGCAUGGCUCCUGGCCCAGCCUCUGUCACACACUCAGCUUGUGCAGCAAGACUACUUAACAGAGCCUGGUCCUAUUAGAGAGGUUUUGUAACAACUUUUAUUAGUGUUUCAGGGGGUUUGGGAGGGAUGGUUGCUGCAGUGUCUCCCUAAUGACACCAAGGCAAGGCCAGUUCAGGGAAACAUCUGUCCCCACUUCAGGGGAUUCAAGCCAUUCAAGUAAGUUUUCUAGCCAUCUGGUUUAUAGCUGUGGGCCUAACAGGGAGCAGCACUUGGCAGCAGGGGUUUUAGUGUUAAUGUUUGAUUCAGAAAAGGGAAAUAUUUUAUUUUUAAAUGCCUUUGAAUACCAUUUCUUUGUAAAAUGUUUUAAAUACCUCAUUAUGAGAAGGUGCAGACUGUGCUACCUUGUAUUAAAGCUUAAAAGAAAAAUGCUCUGUA